AUGGCACCAUCGCUUGAAGCCGCCUUGCCCAAACCCAAAUACACCGGCGAGGAUGAAGACAUUCCAGCGCACGCGCAACAGCGCGGCCCGCGGAUCGUUGGACCUGGCCAAAUAGACGAGUCACAGAUUGUCUUGCGGAGAACAGGACCACCUCCAUACGGGCAACGUUCCUCAUGGCGACCGCGUGGCCAGGAAGACUUUGGCGAUGGAGGCGCAUUCCCCGAGGUCCCUGUAGCACAAUACCCUUUGGACAUGGGGAAGAAAGGGUCAUCGACUAGCAAUGCUCUAACAAUCCAAGUCGACGGAUCUGGGAAAGUGCAAUACGAUGCCAUCGCGAAGCAAGGCCAUGCCGAAGGCAGGAUCGUACACGCGUCAUUCAAGGACCUCAUUCCCUUACGGCAGCGCGCAGAUACAGGCGAGAUUGAUCUAGCGAGACCCAGCACGGAGCAGGUCGAAGAAACCACAGAGCGAACCAAGAACGCGUUGGCUGCGCUUGUUGGCUCCGCUGUGGCUGCCCAGAAGCCGAAGAACGUCAACGGCGUAUCACGCCGAGAUCCUACGUUUGUCCGAUACACACCCGCGAACCAGAUGGGAGACAACUCGAAGAAGCAAGACCGUAUCAUGAAGAUUGUUGAGAGGCAAAAAGACCCGAUGGAGCCUCCGAAGUUCAAGCAUAAGAAGAUUCCAAGAGGGCCACCUAGCCCUCCUCCGCCUGUGAUGCGCUCGCCGCCCCGAAAAUUGACAGCUGAAGAUCAGGAAGCGUGGAAAAUACCACCGCCCGUGUCCAACUGGAAAAACCCGAAAGGUUUCACGGUCCCUCUCGACAAGCGGUUGGCGGCCGACGGGAGAGGUCUACAAGAUGUUACCAUCAACGAUAAAUUCGCACAAUUUUCCGAAGCUCUGUUCAUGGCGGACCGACACGCACGCGAGGAAGUUAGGCAACGUGCACUCAUGCAGCAGCGUCUGGCAGAAAAAGAGAAGGCCGACAAGGAGGAUAAUCUACGGAUGCUGGCCCAGAAAGCGCGGGAGGAGCGCGCAGGGGCUUCCAAACGCCGAGAUUCUCGAGAUUCGCGAGAUUCACGAUCCAGGUCACGAAGCUACAGCUACUCGGACUCUGGGUCUGACAGUGAUGCUUCGGAUGUACGUGAGCGGGAGAAGGCUCGAGAGGAAAGGCGCCGAGAAGAGGAACGGAAACUGCGCCAAUCACGCAUGGGUGCCGAGAGACGAGUCCAGGUUAUGGCUCGAGAGCAGAACCGUGACAUUUCCGAGAAGAUUGCACUUGGUCUGGCGAAACCUACGGCACAAGCAGAGUCGAUGUAUGACUCGCGGCUGUUCAACCAGACCAGCGGUUUUGAUAGCGGCAUCAACGAGGACAACCCCUACGACAAACCCCUAUUCGCGGCUCAGGAUGCCAUCAACAGCAUAUACCGGCCUAGUCAGAACAUGGAAGAGUACGACGAAGAAGGCGCUGGAGACCGGGAACUAGAGAAGAUCCAGAAAACUAGUCGGUUUGGUGAGGCACUGGGUAGAGGCACGUUUAAGGGGUCUGGAGAUGCUGAGGCACGAGAAGGUCCAGUCCAAUUCGAGAAAGAGACUGCUGGAAACGAUCCAUUCCAGAUGGACAAGUUCAUGGCGGAGGUGGAUCAGAGCUCUUCGUCGAAGAGGGGUUACGGUCUGCAGGACGGCGAGUCGAGGCAGCCGAAACGUGCCAAGGUAGAGGAGGAGGACGAUGAUUGA